AUGGCAUCAAACAAAUCGCAUCUUUUGUUUUGCGACUUUAAUCAGGACUCAAACUUAUUAUCGGUAGGAACCUAUGAUGGAUACAAAAUUUAUAAUUGUGACCCAUUCGGGAAAUGUUUUUAUAAACUACAGGGUGCGACGUCAAUUGUCGAAAUGUUGUUUAGUACGUCGCUUGUAGCGCUUGUCGAGAAGGAGGAUGGAAAUAAUCGAAAAUUAAAGCUGGUCAACACAAAGAAAGGCACUACAAUAUGUGAAUUAACAUUUCCGACACCGUUGUUAUCAGUGAAGUUGAAUCGAAAACGCCUUCUUGCGGUAUUAGAAGAACAAAUCUACGUGUACGAUAUCAGUAACAUGUUGCUAUUGCAUACGAUUGAAACAUGCGGAAACCUUUUUUCUGUCUGUUCACUGUCUCCAAACUCUGCCAAUUGCUAUCUUGCUUAUCCCGACACCGAAACUAAAGAUACUCGACCUGAACAAGAUGCCUCUUCAGCGGCUCUCGCUAAUUCAACUGUUUCCGGGCGUGUCAUCAUUUGGGAUGCUGCUCUUUGUAAAGAGGUUACAACUAUCCAAGCUCAUAAAGAUCCCCUUUCAAUUUUGGAGUUCAACGCAGAUGGUACCUUACUAGCUACGGCAUCUGAAAAUGGUAGAAUUAUCCGUGUAUAUUCCAUUCCAUCCGGGGAACGUCUUUAUCAGUUCCGAAGAGGGUCAUUACCGGCUCAAAUAUAUUCCAUUGCUUUUCACCCAGAUUCCACCCUUUUAGCCGUUUCUUCAAGUACCCAGACCGUGCACAUAUAUAGACUUAGCAACCACAGCUCGCCAUCCAAACCUCAGCCAGCUCCCUUGUCAGUCACUCAACCACGAAGAGAAAGUCUGUUCCGGAGGUCUUCGCGAAGUAUCGUGGGGACCGUUGGAGGUUAUUUACCACAGUCUGUUUCUGGAAUGCUAGAUCCAGAGCGUGAUUUUGCUUUUGCUCAUGUACCCGGGGACAAAGUAUCUUCAACGGUAGCAUUCAGCAGCGAAAAUCCCGGCAUCAACGUAGCUACGUUUGACGGAAAUUUAUAUGCGUUUAGAAUCAAUACUUCUAGUGGUGGGGAGUGUUCUCUUAUUAAUCAUUUUUCAAUUGGUCUAUCGGCAACGUAA